UUUGUCUACGCUGCUGUCUAACCUAGAUUAUCGAAAUAAAAAUUGUACUGGUUUGUUUAAUAAAAUGAGAAAUUCCUUAGAUUAAUGAUUUACGAAAAUUUUUAAAGACAAAAACGGGAAUAAUGGAGUGUUUACUGGCCUACUAUAACGAAAAGUUCACUAAAAUAGAUGGAAAUAUUUUCGAAGUCUUCGCAAAAUUCUACAGCCUUGAUCUAACUCCUGUCGACUCUUGGCUAGAGAAUCAAUUCAAAAACAAGGCUGCAAAGGAUGAUAGGUUAUCUCUAUAUUACAGAAAAGAAGGUAACAAAUGUUAUGCCCAAAAGAAUUUGCUCAAGAGCCUAGAGUUUUAUACUAAAAGUUUGUGUACAGCCACACCUGGGAGUAGGGAGUAUGGCCUUGCCUUAGCCAACAGAUCAGCUGUUACAUUUGAAAUGAAAGAAUAUGAGAACUGUUUGAAGGAUAUUGAUUUGUGCUUUAACACAUGCUACCCUGUAGAGCUGAAGCCAAAAAUUUACUUCCGAAAAGCAGAAUGUUUUUUUGAGACUGGCCAAAAAGAGGAUUUUGAUAAAUGUGUGGCUGAAAUCCAUAGGUUUCUUUCUAUAACAUUAGUAGAUGAUAGAGAUAAACAUCUGGAUAAAUUAAAACAAAUCAAAAAAGCUAAAAUUAAGUGUAAAACCAUAGAAGUGCAUAGAGAUAAUUCGACUGACCUACCUGAAUUUCCAGAAGAAGAAAAUGAAGAUUUUGCUUAUGCUUCUUCAAAAGUCAAAAUGGGCUAUGAGAAAACAAAAGGCAGACAUGUAAUUGCUACUAAACCCAUUAAAAAGGGCGAGGUGCUAUUUAUAGAAAAAGCCUUUAUUUUUGCUCCUGUUUUCAAGGAGAACAAGGAAUUUUAUUCUUUUAAGUGCUAUAACUGUUUAAAAGAUAUCAUCAGCAGUAUUCCAUGUGCCAGUUGUACAUUAUGCGUGUACUGCAAUGAAAAGUGUAGAUUAACAUCUUGGAAUGAAUGUCAUAAGUGGGAAUGUGAAGGAAUGCAAGCGAACAUUUGGUAUGACCUAGGAAUUGCUUUUCCCGCAUUCAAAGCAGUUCUAAAAGGAGUAAAAUCGGGAUUUAAGGCUAUAAAGGGUGACUGUGAAGAAGACUUGAAGAAAUUCGGUGACAAGAAUGACAAUUAUCCUUAUUUUAAUAGAUUGGUAUCAAAUAUUUAUAAAAAUAAAAAUGCCGCACCUUACAUCUUGCUGGCGGCGGUAGUAGUCACGUAUUUAAAAAAGCACACUGACUUUUUCACAUGGUUUCUCAAACAGAAAAAUUGUCCCAGGAACGAUCUGAAUAUUCUGGUACAAUACAUUGGAGGACUCAUCACGAAACAUAUCGCGCAAUUGUCGUGCAAUUCUAGUAUAAUAGAGCACUGGACGUACUCGUCUUCAGAUCUGCUUUUUCCCGAUAUUUUAAUCACCAUCGCCUGCGGCAUGUUUCCAUCUGUAUGCAUCAUGAAUCACUCCUGCCGACCAAACGUAACUAACUUUUUUAUCUGUGAUACUAUAGUUAUAAAAGCUUUGGAAGAUAUUCAAGAAAACGAUGAAGUAUUUAAUUGUUACGGAAUUGACUACCGUGGAAUGAACAGAGAACAGCGCCAAAUAGCUUGUAGAAGUCUAUAUCACUUUGAAUGCAAAUGCGUUAUUUGCAGCGAUCCAGCUCAAGAAGUGGAAAUGUUGGACAGCUACCUGUGCCCGAAAUGCAGAGGUUGCAUUCCUGAAUUGCAAAAUGCCAGCUUGAGUUUUUGCAUCAACUGCGGUUACAAAUACUCAUUAAUACCUUUUAGAAAAAUCAACAGCGAUGCUCAAAAAUAUUUGCAAAACGAUGUUGGGAAUCAGCUUGAAUUAUUAGUGAAAUGUUUAAAAAUAAGAGAAAAAAUCCUCUACAAACAUCAUAAAGACUUUGAAGAGGUCUAUUACCGGCUGUACAGCUACUAUGUUGAAUCGGGCGAUGCUGAAAAUAUGUUUAAAUAUUUUCACCUCUGGUUAGAAAACGAAAAGGCAAGAAGAGGAGAUAAUUCUAGAGGUAUUGGAACCAAACUGUAUGAAGCUGCUUUAGCCAUUCUUCACUGCCUUCAGAAUGGAAAUCCCAAAAAUUGUACCAAUUUAAAAGCUUUUCUACAAAAUGUGGAGCAUAUGAUAAGAGAAGCCAAAAUGGUACUGAAUUUGUAUUACCCAGCAUACAUUACAAAUAGAUUAAGCAGAAAAAUUCAAUUUAUAUCAAAUAAAUAAUUUUUAUAAUAUAUUUUACUAACUUAUAAAUCAUUGUUUUUUUUUUACAUACAUAAGAAUAACAUUUAGGAUGUAUUUAUAAACAGAACUCAGCUGAGUCGGACUUGGGUUAGUCCUCCUUGAACGAAAAUCGAAGUUCGGUUAUAUCCCUGUGAAUUUAGAGAUGCUAGUAACAAAUCCAUAAAUGUACUUUAACAGUUACAGAUUUGCUAAUAUCUAGUGUAACACCGGAACCACCUGGAAUUUUAAAAGACGUGACCAAACUUCUAUUUUAGUUCAAGGACCUUAUAAAAGACAAGAACUUUUUAUUUCUUUAAAUAAUAUCACUUUUCAUUUUCCACUUGAAAGUCAAAUCUAAAAGUAUUAUUUGAAGGAGUAAAAUGAAAGUUAUCCACAGUAUUAACAGGUUCUAAGACUUCAUUGUUGAUAGAGAUAUUUGGUGUACUUUCUUCUAUUUUUCCGUCUUGGAUAGUAAAGUUAAAUUUAAAAUUAUUAUCUACUGCAGAAGAGAAGAAACUUUUCUUCAAAAAUAUCGUUUUCUUAUUUGGUGUGGCAGAUUUCAGUUUCAUAUUGGUGGCAUCUGAAAACAAAAAAAAAUAAAUUAGUAAAUUAAUAUACAAAAUAUUAGACUUUAAUAUACUUUUAGACAUCCUUUUUUCUUCUGCUGCCAUCUUUUCUCUAUAGUCUCCAAAAGACAACCUCAUAACUUGUCUUUUCUUUACUAUUGGAGCUGUAUUACUCAUUAAUGUGUUUAGUGCUUUUGAGUAAUCUUGAACUAAAAUACUUUUAUAUUAACAAAAAAUUUAAUGUUCUUAAUAUACUAUUAAACCUUGCUUAUUAUUUAAUUUUCCUGAAAUUAAAACUGUUCGAAGUUGUUGAAUACACCAACAUAAUUCAGACUCAAAUUGUUCUUGAUUUGGAAUUAUUUCUGUGCUAGAAUUGGUCUGACUUGUGCUUGGUUGUGGCAAAUUUUCUUGAUUGAUUUUUGGAGGUUUUGUUGGAUUUUUGUUUUUGAACAAUUUUGGUUUUGGUGGCAUCUUUGUUUGGAAGCCUUGAAAUUAAAUACCAUUGAGGGAGUAAGGAAGAAGUUGUAUGAAAAGUGAGGUUAAAGUGACUAAAAAGUGAAGUGCCACACUUA